AUGAGCACAACACUAGUUCCUCAAAUGGAAGUCAUUGAGAACAUCAAAACAACACAAGAAGAAAUGAAAUGUGACGACUUGAUAUGCGAAGAAUCAGGGAGUGAAAUUCAGAAUCCGGAGCCAACCAGUAAUUCAUCACAAAACAACUCUUCAAAUGUCGAAGAAUCUUCUCUUGAAGAUGCCAACAAAAAAUCCGAAGUUGGCAUUGAGAUGGAAGAAAAGGUAGAAAACAACGAAAAUUUGUCCACAAAAGAAAAUGUAAUUACCACCGAAAAUACUGAUCUUCCACAACCAAGGGGUCAAGAAGGAAACAACCAUAUCGAAGUCCCCACCGAGCCUGAAAAGGCUGAAGCAAAACCUGUUGGAGAGGUUCAAGUGAAAAUUGAGGAAGUGAAAGAGAAGAAAGAAGAAGAAGACCCUGAGAAGGAACACCUCAAAAAAGAGGAAGAAAAGAUGUUAAGAAGAAUUCGAAAUUAUAUGGUUAUCUCUCUGCUGUUCCCUCCUUUUCUCUUCUUUGGUGCUUUCAUCCUCCUCAGAUCUCCUAAGACAGAACUUUUGAAGAAGAAAAAGAGACAAAUGAUCGUCAUGUCGGUCAUGAUGACUAUAUUAGAGACAGUGUUUAUCUUAUGGACAGCAGCUGUUAUUGUUCUAUUGUUAACUACACCGUGGACUCCAGUCCUUAGAAAUUAA